CCCGUCUCUCCCAGCACACAGCAGGACAGAGCAGACUCCUCAGGCCUCCAGGAUGCUGGUCCCUGCCUCCUGGCCCCUCCCUCCUCCCUGCCUGCUGCUGACUCUGCUGCUGGGCCUCACAGGAGGGGCAGGUGAGGAGCUGCAGGUGAUUCAGCCUGAGAAGUCAGUAGCAGUGGCAGCAGGAGAAACGGCCACUCUGAGCUGCACCAUGACCUCCAUUUCCCCUGUGGGGCCUGUCAUGUGGUUCAGGGGGACAGGGCCAGGCCGGGAGUUCAUCUACAGUCAGAAAGGAGGCCACUCCCCCCGAGUAACAAGUGCUGCAGAUGUAACAAGGAAAAACAACACGGACUUUUCCAUCCACAUCAGCAACAUCACCCCAGCAGACACCGGCACCUACUACUGUGUGAAGUUCCGCAAAGGAAGCCCUGACACAGAGCUCAAGUCUGGAGCAGGCACUCGGCUCACCGUGAGUGCUCAACCCUCUCCCCCUGUGGUGUCAGCCCCCACAGGCAGGGCCACACCUGGGCAGACAGUGAGCUUCACCUGUGAGUCCCACAGCUUCUCCCCCAGAAACAUCGUCCUGAGAUGGUUCAAAGAUGGGAAUGAGCUCCCAGCCUCCCAGCCCACCGUGGACCCAGAGGGAGACAGCCCUUCCUACAGCAUCUCCAGCACAGCCACGGUGCGGCUGGCCCAGGGGGAUGUCCACUCCCAGGUCAUCUGCCAGGUGGAACAUGCCACCCUGAAGGGGGGCCCUCCUCUUCGUGGGACUGCCAACCUGUCUGAGACCAUCCGAGUUCCGCCCACGUUGGAGGUUUCCCAACAUGCCAUGUCAGAGAACCAGGUGCAUGUGGUCACCUGCCAGGUAAAGAACUUUUACCCCCAGCACUUACAGCUGAGCUGGUUGGAGAAUGGAAAAAUGUCCCGAACAGAAGUGCCUUCAACCCACACAGAGAACAAAGAUGGGACCUUCAACUUGAGGAGCUGGAUCCUGGUGAAUUCAUCUGCCUGUGGGGAGGCCAUGGUGCUCACCUGUCUGGUGCAGCACGAUGGACAGCCGGCCGUUAACAGGAACCUCACCCUGGAGGCCUCCGCUCAGAAGAAGGACAAAGGCCCAGGAGUAUCUACUGACGUCCUUGUAGGGAUCCUCCUGGGUUUCAAGGUGCUGCUGGUGGUUGGUGUCCCUGCCCUCUAUGUCCACAGGAAGUGGAGAGCCUGACUUGAGGAACUCACACCAUCUGCGGGUUUCCAGCCCUGUGAAGAGACGACAUUGAAAGUGUUCCAGUGGCCUGGCUGCCUGAAGAUGUUCUCAGACUUUUCUGGGAAAAAAUUCCGUACUUGUAGCCUGGCAUCUGGAUCCAAGAAUCUCUUUACAGACAGCAAGAGUGACAUUUGCUUCAAAGUUGGGGACACACUUGCUAACAUAAGGGGAAACUGAGGGAAAUCAAUGUAAUUGAAACUAGGCUCUAACACUGGAAGAAGACCUAAUAGUUUUGGGUUUGGGGGGGUUGUUUUGUUUUGUUUUGCUUUUAUUUGUUUCAGGAAAUAACAGCAGGUCUUCUCACAGAGCCCCAGGGACACAAGACCAAACCACAUCAGACUGGUCUCAGAGGCAUGGGCAUGUUCAGAAAGUCAACAAAUGAACUCCAAUUAACCCUGAAGGGUGGCCUGAAGCUAUAUUCACACCAACCCAGAAACUUUGAGCACUGACCUGGUCCUCAGAGACAGUAGUCAGAAGUGACAGAGGCCCAGGAACUGGCACUUGGCCAGGCCCCUAGACCUCACCCAAUGAGACCCUGCCCACGAGGAAUUCCUUUAUACCUUCUCUCACCUUUCCCAUUCCUUCCCUUUGAUAACUUAGUGCCAAAAUCGUCCAAGCAAGGAUCACAAAUUGGAAUUAAUUAAUAUAUGUAACUCCUUCUUACCAUUAUUUUUAAAAUUUGCUUUAAGUCUAUAUUCCAAGGUGUGGGAGGAGACUGGUGUGAGCCCUCUCUCUUGUCUCCUGGUUUGCCAGUUGAACAAAUAAUUCUUUUCUCUAUGAAACCCUGUUGCCUCAGAUUUUGACUUUUCUGUAAGCAUCAGACAUCAGACUGGCUGACGUGUUGGCUAAAAUGUAAAAAA